GUCACUGCCUCUGCCUCCUCUACUCCACCUCCACUCCACGCAGCAAACCCAACCAGAGAAGGCAGAGCGAGCGCGCACCGCACCUCGUCGGCGAGCGAGAUCGAUGGACCUCCUCGAGCACCCGUUCGAGGCCGUCGCCUUCCGCCUCUACUCGCUCCCGGAGGCCUCGGCUGCCACCGGCGCCGCCGCGUGGACCUGCCUCGCCGCGGUCCUCGCAGCCGCCGCGGCCGCGGGCCUCUGGCGACUCCGCGCCUCCGCGCCCACCGCUGUCGCCACCGCCGCCGCGAAGCCUCUGGGGCUGGAUCCGUGCCCCAAAGAGGAGGCUCCGACGGCGCCGCUCACCGCGUCGGAGCGCUGGUCGGAGCCGCCCGCGGCGCCCUCGCCCAAGGAGCGGUACACGGCGUACUACCGCGACACGUGCCGCGUCGGGUGCUGCGACGAAGACGGCGGCGACGACGACGACGACCGGGAGGACGACGCGGAGGAACACGACGACGAUGACUGCGGCGUCGGCGCGUACCGGACUCCAUCGGAGACGACGAAUUCCGACCCGUUCGGAUGGGAGGAGCCGGUGGUUCGAUCGCUCCCACUCAGCCCGACGGCGGCGGAGGUGGGGCUGGGGCCGGGGCGGUACCGCAGCCCGAGGGCGCUCGGCGGCAGCGUGGUGCAGCUGUGGGACCAGGUCGUGGGGGGCGGGUUGUUGACGCCGACGGCGAGCCCGCGGCGGAGGGGCCGGGUCGUCGCCACCGCCCCGGGCUUCUGAACUCAUGCAAAUUAGCAAUAAAUUUGGCAUUUUUUGUCGGGGGAGGACAACAAACAAGAUCCUGCAGCUGUUAACCGCUCUCGCUUGAACCUGUUCUGCCAACAUGUAAAUAUGAUCCCGCAUUCGCCUAAAGUUUCCAUCCCUCUCCCUCCUUGGCGCCACCAUCAGUGCUGUGAGCUCCCGUUCACAUU